AUGCUCCUCAUCGGCCUAACCGGCUCCAUCGCCACCGGCAAAUCCACCGUCUCCUCACUCCUCUCCCAACCCCCCUACUCCCUCCCCAUCAUCGACGCUGACCUACUCGCGCGAGAGGUCGUCGAGCCCGGCACGCCCGGCUACAAGGCCAUCGUAGCCCACUUCGGGCCCUCCACCCCCGACCUCCUCGUCCCCGCCAACCCCGACGACGGGAUGCCCGAACACGGCCCCUCCGGCUUCGGCCGCCCGCUCAACCGCCCGGCCCUCGGCCGCCGCGUCUUCGGCGACGACCCCGCGCGCCGCGCUGACCGCGCCGUGCUCAAUGGGAUUGUGCAUCCGGCGGUGCGUCGGGCUAUGGCGCGCGCUGUGUUGCGGUGUUAUGUGAGGGGUUGUCGGGCGGUGGUGCUGGAUGUGCCGUUGUUGUUUGAGAGCCGGCUGGAUCGGUUUUGUGGUGCGGUGAUGGUGGUGGCGGUGAGGGAUCCCGAGGUGCAGAUGGAGAGGCUGCGGAGGAGGGAUCCGCAUCUGAGUAGGGAGGAUGCGGAGAAUCGGGUGCGGAGUCAGGGCGAUGUGAGGGAGAAGGCGAGGAGGUGUGAGGGGAGGGGGGAGGGGAGUGGGGUGGUGGUUUGGAAUGAUGGGGGGAGGGAGGAGUUGGCGGCCGAGGUGAAGAGGGUGAUGGCGGAGGUGGAGAGGUAUAGUCCGAGGUGGUGGAAUCGGUUGUUGUGGGUGUGUCCGCCGGUGGCGGCGUUGUUGGCGGCUUGGGGGUUUUGGAGGAAUACGAGGAUUAAUAGGGCGUGGGAGGAGCAAGAGUUGCGGGAAAGGUCGAAGUUGUGA